GAGCGAGGAGCGCGCGUUUCCGCCGGGCGGGGGGAGCGAUGUGGCGGGGGCCGUGCCCGGUCGCCUAGACGGUCCGACCCGGGCGGGGGGCGUGUGCGCCCGGCGCACCUGCGAGACUUGCAGCGCCGCGGGCCGGCACGUGUGGGAGUGUAGCCACGUCUGCCGCGUCCCGCUCUUCUUGCUGCCUCGGGGAAGGGACGGGGGGCGGGCGAGCGCCGCGGCCCGGCUAGCGGGGAGGGGGCGGCGGCGGCCAUGGAGCGCGUGAACGACGCAUCCUGCGGCCCGUCGGGCUGCUACACCUACCAGGUGAGCCGGCACAGCACGGAGAUGCUGCACAACCUGAACCAGCAGCGCAAGAACGGCGGGCGCUUCUGCGACGUGCUCCUGCGGGUGGGCGACGAGAGCUUCCCCGCGCACCGCGCCGUGCUGGCCGCCUGCAGCGAGUACUUCGAGUCGGUGUUCAGCGCGCAGCUGGGCGACGGCGGGGCGGCCGACGGGGGCGCCGCCGACGUGGGGGGCGCCGCGGCCGCCUCGGGCGGCGGGGCCGGGGGCAGCCGCGAGCUGGAGAUGCACACCAUCAGCUCCAAGGUGUUCGGGGACAUCCUCGACUUCGCCUACACCUCGCGCAUCGUGGUCCGCCUGGAGAGCUUCCCCGAGCUCAUGACGGCCGCCAAGUUCCUGCUGAUGCGGUCGGUCAUCGAGAUCUGCCAGGAGGUCAUCAAGCAGUCCAACGUCCAGAUCCUGGUGCCCCCGGCCCGGGCUGACAUCAUGCUCUUCCGGCCGCCCGGCACCUCGGACCUGGGCUUCCCUCUGGACAUGACCAACGGGGCCGCGCUGGCCGCCAACAGCAACGGCAUCGCGGGCAGCAUGCAGCCGGAGGAGGACGCGGCGCGGGCCGCCGGGGCGGCCAUCGCCGGCCAGGCCUCCCUGCCCGUGUUGCCCGGAGUGGACCGCUUGCCCAUGGUGGCCGGACCCCUGUCCCCGCAGCUGCUGACCUCCCCCUUCCCCAACGUGGCCUCCAGCGCGCCUCCGCUGGCCAGCAAGCGGGGCCGCGGCCGCCCCAGGAAGGCCAACCUGCUGGACUCCAUGUUCGGGUCCCCGGGGGGCCUGCGGGAGGCCGGCAUCCUCCCCUGCGGCCUGUGCGGGAAGGUGUUCACCGACGCCAACCGGCUCCGGCAGCACGAGGCCCAGCACGGGGUGACCAGCCUGCAGCUGGGCUACAUCGACCUGCCGCCGCCCCGGCUGGGCGAGAACGGGCUCCCGAUCGCCGAGGACCCCGACGGGCCCCGCAAGCGGAGCCGGACCCGGAAGCAGGUGGCCUGCGAGAUCUGCGGCAAGAUCUUCCGCGACGUGUACCACCUGAACCGGCACAAGCUGUCGCACUCGGGCGAGAAGCCCUACUCGUGCCCCGUGUGCGGGCUGCGCUUCAAGAGGAAAGACCGCAUGUCCUACCAUGUGCGCUCCCACGACGGCUCCGUGGGCAAGCCGUACAUCUGCCAGAGCUGCGGGAAGGGCUUCUCCAGGCCUGACCACUUGAACGGACACAUCAAGCAGGUGCACACUUCCGAGCGGCCUCACAAGUGUCAGACCUGCAAUGCAUCUUUUGCCACCCGAGACCGUCUGCGCUCCCACCUGGCCUGUCAUGAAGACAAGGUGCCCUGUCAGGUGUGUGGGAAGUACUUGCGGGCAGCAUACAUGGCAGACCACCUGAAGAAGCACAGUGAGGGGCCCAGCAACUUCUGCAGUAUCUGUAACCGAGGUUUCUCCUCUGCCUCCUACUUAAAGGUCCAUGUUAAAACCCACCACGGUGUUCCCCUUCCCCAGGUCUCCAGGCACCAGGAGCCCAUCCCGAAUGGGGGAGCAGCGUUCCACUGCGCCAGGACCUAUGGCAACAAAGAAGGCCAGAAAUGCUCACAUCAGGAUCCGAUUGAGAGCUCCGACUCCUACGGCGACCUCUCAGACGCCAGCGACUUGAAGACGCCCGAGAAGCAGAGCACCAAUGGCUCCUUCUCCUGUGACAUGGCUGUCCCUAAAACCAAAAUGGAGUCCGACGGGGAGAGGAAGUACCCUUGCCCCGAGUGUGGGAGCUUCUUCCGCUCCAAGUCCUACUUGAACAAACACAUCCAGAAGGUGCAUGUCCGGGCCCUCGGGGGCGCCCUGGGGGACCUGGGCCCUGCUCUCAGCUCACCUUUCUCUCCCCAGCAGAACAUGUCUCUCCUCGAGUCCUUUGGGUUUCAGAUUGUUCAGUCGGCGUUUGCGUCGUCUUUAGUCGAUCCCGAGGUCGACCAGCAGCCCAUGGGGCCUGAGGGAAAGUGAGGCAGAUGCUGCGUCCCCAUGGAAAUGGCCACUGGGGACUACUGAGAAAUGCUGUGAAUGCGGAGGGAAGUGAUGUCUUUGGGUUCUGUAGCUGAGAGAUUUUUAUUCGGUUGUUCUUUGUUUUGUUUUUGGUCUUUUUUUUUUAAACCCCCCUCUCCCCUCCCCUUCUCCCACUCCCUAUCCCCACAGCAGUCUUUAGAAAUAGAUUCUCAUAGGAGACUCCGCAGUACCAGCUGCGAGAUCCAGUAUGGGACAAGGGCAG